GUGCAACCCUGCGUGAGUUGAAAGCAAAAGUUGAACGCACAAUUGCCAAGUGCGAACACCUUUUUAGCAAUAGGACUGGUGCUUUUAUAAAUCGAGUUUAAAAUUUUCGAUGCAUCGAAGCAAAACAUCGAUACUUUCUACGCAUCGAUGUUUUUCUGAAAUACCUAAUUCGAUGUAAACAAUACUACAAAAAAAAAAAUUUUAAGCGCCGAGUGCGUCUUAAAAUAGUACAGUGUAUAAAUCUGAAAGAGAAUUCUAAAAAACAUACAUAGAUUCUGGUAUUGCUUGGACUAGGUUCAUUGCUACAUUAAAUUAAACAUGGAUCCUAUAGAGAUUGGAGAUCCAUUUUCCGGCGUGCACAUGCCGAUAGAUUCUACGGAGGUCACCAUAGAAGACAUCAAUCGUUUGGAUGAAGAUUCGAUGGAUGAAAUAGAGGGCGCCGAAGAAGAAUUAUCCCUUAUGGAGAUAGCUAUGGCAAAAGCCAUGGAAAAUGUUAACCCAGUAAUCUUCACACAUUUCCUAUGUCCACGCUGCGGUGAAACAUUUCCAUCAUCUGCCCUUUGGCAACAGCAUUUGCAUAACGUGCACUUCUUCAACAAUUUAAAAAUGCUUCCAGGCACCUUGGACGAAGAUGGAAAAGUUUUUCGGUGCAGAAAGUGUCUAGCCGAAUUCAAUCAACUGGAUUAUAAAAAAAUUUUGCAUCACAGCUUUUCACACAUGAAUUUCAAUGCUUUUUACAAAUGUAGUUUAUGUGAUCAUUUGGAAUGUACAAGCCUCGAAAUGGAUCGCCAUAUUAGGCGGCAUAUGGAAGUACAUAUGCUUAAAGCGAAAAUCAAUGGAAAAAUUGUACGCCCUAAACGGUUUUCAUUGAGCGAGGGCAUAGAUUACGAAAAAUUUUUGCUGUAUAUGUGUCCUGAAUGUCAGUCAACCUUUAGACACCGCGAUACUUGGAUGUGCCACGUAACCGACAAGCAUGCGCUCUUUGCGGAGGACAAACUUAAGUUUAAAACGGCCAAUAUAGACGAAGCCAUUGAGAAGAAAACUUAUCUUUUUACCACUUGCGAAGUAUGUGCUACCACUUUAUCUGGUAACAACUUGGAAGAAUGUCAGCGAAAACACUAUCUGACACAUCUACGUAGCAGAGCUUUCCGUUGUGGAAUUUGCAAUCUUCACUUUAAUUAUUCCAACGAAAUUAAGAUGCAUAUGUUGCUGCUGCACUGUAAAAAUGCAGCAACCUACGAGGAGGCCAUACUACCGGCAAAUUUGCGCCCAAAGAAUGCAAAAUUUGAUAUGACCAUUAACAUUACGGAUGCUCGGGCCAAAUUUCUACCACACAUGGAAUUCAAUUGCCCGAUUUGUGGAGUAAAAUUUGGAAGUCCGGAAGGCUGGCGUUUACAUAUCAAUGAAAAUCAUGACUUCUUUAGAGGACCACAAAUGGCAUUAAUCAUAGCCAAUUUCGGCGCAUCGGCCGACACAAAUCGGAGCUGCAAAAAACGACGCCUACGACCAUACUGCGUUCUUUGUGAUCGCGUAUUAGAUGGAUGCACGAAUUAUCAGCUCUUGUGGGAUGAACAAUUACGUCAUACACCUUAUCGCGCCUACAGUUGCCUCAUUUGUAAAGAACAGUUUUAUUCCAUACGAAUUUUGUUGAAGCAUUUUUAUUCUCUGCAUAGAAAUACGGAUGGUACUAUUAAUACUGUAGCAAAACAACGUCGAAACAAUGCGAAGGAGCCAUGAUUAAAAUAGAUACAAUUAUUUUCUAGAAUAUGAUUUAAUAAAUACUGCUAUUUACAUUCAUUCAA